UACGUGAGCGAUCGGUCGCUGUGUCGAGCUUAACGCUCUUAGAACUUUGUGUAUCAGUGUUAAGAAAAUAAUGCCUUUUAUUUCGAAAGACUGGCGAUCACCCGGCGAAGCAUGGGUCAAAACCCAGGAAGGAUGGGAGAAAAAAAAAGUAUUGGAAUGUACAGCUCAAAGAUAUGCCGCUAUCUCUAACUAUAGCAGCGCAGAUGAUAAUCAGCAAAAAUGGAUCACACCCGGUGAAGAAGGAGAGAAAGGUUCAGACGAUGUCGUCGCCAGAGUUCCUCCACAUUGUCACAUCACUAUCAAAUGCACCCGAGAGAUUGCAGGCUUCAACGGGCUCUCGGAGGCGGUGCGUCGGUUAGAUUUCUCUUCGGCCGUCCGUGAUGUACGCAGAUUUAAUUACAUUUGCGCGCUCUUAGAGUUGCUGCUAGGGGGGCAGAAGCUAACGAACCUGCCUGGAGCUGCACAGAAACUUUUACUCUCCAUGCUCGAACAGCUCGCUGAUCAAGUGGCGCAGUCAAAGCAAAAUCUAAACGCGCUCCGAGCGCUUUUAGUGGCGCUGUCGGCGCUGCGUGAAUCUGAACGCCGCGCCUGCUGGGGCCGACCUCUUGGCUCGCGCGCUCUGUGGGGACACCAUGACCAUGCUAUCGCCAGGAUCUAUCACAUCGCUGAUAGCAUUCGCAUACAGGAGCCGGGACCAGAAAUAAUGCCGAAACUUCACGAUUUGCCUGAAGAGUGUAUCAGGGAAAUAAUGUUGAGAAUAUCGGAUCACAGGGAUUUAGAUGCUGCGUCAUCAGCGUGGACCGUAAUGUCGUCGGUGUGUUCCGAGCAACGCCUUUGGCGUGAACUUGUCCAGUUUCAUUUCACGCAGCAACAGAUUGAUUCGUUGCACAAAGAAGAUGACAAAGAUAUAGACUGGAAAAAAGUCUUCCAUCAGCUUAGAAAACUAUAUGGAUUGAGAGAAGAAGUGCAAUACGCUGAGACUUUGUCUCUAUGCCGUCAUUGUAAGUGCCUGUUCUGGCGAUCGCUGGGCCAUCCUUGCAUAGCCGAUCAGUGUCCAGAAUACCGUGAACGACUAAAGGAGGCGGGUGGACCGCUGCCCCCGCACCCCGUGCCGCCGGCAGCUUUCCUUAAAUUUUUCUCUCUCUAAUUGUUUAAUUUAUUAUUACAAAGCCUAUUAGUAUUUAUAAGAUCAUAUAAGAUUUGUUAAAUUAUUCAAAGUUAUGAAAAUUAUACCAAUGGCUGCCAUCACAAUAUAGUUGAUCUAUGUAUAUUAAAAAAUUGAAUUAAAAAAAAAGUACGGUUACGAAUUAUGCCAGUAACAAAAAUGUCCAAAUUAAGCUGUUCUUACAUGGAUUUCAUUGAUAGUUCUUAUAUAUACUUUAGAUGGCUGCUAAGAUACAUGCAUAAAUCCUAAUAAAAUUGUAUUAGUUUUUUUUUUGUAAUAACAAUAUAUUACAUAUAUGUAUGUCCUGUAAUGAUUAAAUACCUAUAUUACGUGAAAACGGGGAUCUCUCUAGCUUCUUGUAUUGAUUAAUUUAUUGAUUAAAAAAUUGGUCAUCUUACCAUAGAUCUUACAAUAGAUUGUCGUCUAUAAAAGACAAUCUAUAAAAGUUAUUGAGCCAAGUUAAUAAUUAUCUUACAAUAUUUAAAGGGAUAUAAGCAAUAUUUAAGGGAAUAACUAUUUCAACAUUAAAAUUAAAUCGUCCAGGUAAAUUAUUAUAUGUUAGAAAAUGAAAUAUUUCUAUGUCCUGUUUAAAAAUAAUGUAAAGCCGCUCCAGUAUUCCCUAGCUUAUCUAUAGUUAAGAGCAGUUUGAAUAUUUUUCACUAUGACUAAUUAAUCACUAACAAUGGUAACUAACAAAAAUAUAAUAUAAAAAUUUAAUAAUGUUGUUUUUUUUUCAAAAAAACAUGAGUUUUUAUAAUGUUAUAUUUUAAAAUCUAAAGUGUUCAACACAUGUCAGUUUAAUAUGUAAGGAUUAUUUUCUAUAUUUAUUCAUAAUAUUAGUUACAUAAUAAGUAAACUCCAGAAUUUUACAGAUUUCUUUGUAUAUCAACCAUAUUUUAAUGCAAAGAUUUGGUUAGCCUUAAAAAGAAAAAUUUCCAUCAUGUUUAAUGGCUAUAUGAAUAGCUUAUUUUAACAUAAGAAAUAAUUAAAUUAAAUAAUUACAUAAUAUAAUGGCUAUGAAAUAUUAAACAAAUGCUUUUUUAGUUUAUAUUUUAGUGAUACAAUUUGUUGACUAACUUGCCUAAAACCUUAGAUGCUUUAAGACUUUGUGAUACUUCCAAAUUUGUUAUUGGAAUUUGUCUGUUGUAAUAUUUAUACCAAUUAAUGUUAUGUUUUAUAAUAAUUAUAUAUAAAAUUACUAAUCAUUUUUAAGUUAAAACUUAAAAAGUAAUAUAAUAAUUAUUUUUUUGGACAAAAAUUAUGCCACUUGCAAAAUAUUGGCCGGGUAAAAAGCAAUUAUUUUAGCUUUAUAUGAUACCAAUUUACUCAUAAAAUGUUCUAUCAAUUACCAAAAUAAUGGAUCUUGAAAGUAAAUGAUUCAAAAUUACUAAAUGUAUGUAUAGUUCUACCUACCACUAUAAACUAUUUUUUGUUGUUUUAUCACUGGUUAUUAUAAUCAGCAACAGUAAAGAACGCUAUAUCUAUGUUUGUUUUAUAUCUAGUUUUUUUUUUCAAUAGGUCAAUAACAAUAUCAUUACUGAACUUAAAAAACUGAAAGAAAUGCAAUCUCUGUAUUGUUUAUUAAGCUUAAUAAUAAGCAUACUAAUGUAUUUUAGCAAAAGGGUAGAGUAGUAAAAAUUAUUCAUACUAUAAUACAAUAUUUUUCUAUUCAAAUAAAUAUGAGCUGUUUUAAAGAUCGGGCCUAAAGUAUUUUAUUUUUUAAGUCCGAUUAUUAAUAUAAGACUAAUAUUUAAAUAAGAACAUCUAAGUCUGAUUAUAACAUCACUGUCAAAUGUUCAUUACAUAAUGUAGAGUAGAGUAGAUGAUGAUAUAUGUGAUAUUUUAAGAUAUUUUUUGAAAAGUAUCUGAUGAGCCGUUGUACUCUUGUAAAUGGAAGUAAAGUUGAGGUUUCCCUAAUAAUGUGCAAAUGUUAAAUAAGAUAUGUACAAGAAAUAAGAAGAUACAGCCUAUUUCAAAUUAUGCUGGUAAAUGAAGGUGAGACUUCUAUCAUGUAACAUGGUGAAAAUAUACAGUGAACAUUUACCAUUCUAUGUUAAAAUUGUAUUAAGAUCUCAAAACAAGAGUGUAACUACUGAUAGAAAUAUAAUAUGGUAGGUUUAAAGUAAAAAUAAUUAUAAAAAAUGCAACACCAUUUAUAUUCAGUCAUUUUUAGUAUAUCUGUAAUGUGUUCUCUUGA